AUGGCACCCUUCAUCCCCCUCAUCGACCCUUCCUCGCCCCCGCUCAUCGCUUCUUUGGCGGUCUUGGGCCCGCUGCUCAUUCCCUCGGGACUUCUCCGAGCGGUCCUUUCAACUUUACCGGCGGGGAAGAGCUACUACGUCCUAGUUGAGGAGGGAGAGGAUAUCAUCUCCAUCCUUGAUGCUGGAGCGUCGCGGGUGAUUGUAUCCGCUGCUCAGGCGGAAGAGGUCAGGAGCAGCGUAUCAGGUGACCGACUGAUUGUCCGCUCGGACGGAGGUGGGGAUGCCAAGGGAUACGCUGGGCUCUUCUAUUCUGGCGCUACACCGCCAGAGAAGAUCUCUGGGGACUUGGAGAUCCUCUACCAAUCUACCUCUACUUCUCCUUCGGACAUCCUCGAGAUGACCAAAUCUCGACCGGACCUCACACCCGUGGUGCCCUCUACCCUCCUCACCUCCUCGUCAACCACCACCUCCCACCUGUCCAUCUCGGACCUCCUCCUCGCCCGUCUGGUCUCGGACCGCCCAGACGGUCUCUUCCCCACCGUCGUCACUUCCGCAACGAACCACCGGUCCCUCGGCCUCGUCUACUCGUCGGCGGAGUCUAUCGCCGAGACCAUCAAAACCGGACGCGGGGUGUAUCAAUCCCGGAAACACGGUCUCUGGCGGAAAGGCGAGACGUCUGGCGCUACCCAAGAAAUCGUCUCGAUCCGGGCGGACUGCGAUACCGACGCUCUCCUGUACGAAGUCAUCCAGCACGGUUCGGGCUUCUGCCACCUCCCGCAACCUACCUGCUUUGGCGAGCUAUCGGGGCUGGCCAAGCUCGAGUCGACCUUGACGUCGCGUAUGGCCCAGGCGCCCGAGGGGAGCUAUACCAAGCGUCUCUUUACGGACGAGAAGCUCCUCCGUGCCAAGGUGCUGGAAGAGGCGCAGGAGCUGUGCGAUGCGGAAUCCAAAGAAGAAGUGGCGUUUGAGAUGGCGGAUCUGGUGUAUUUUGCGCUGGCGCGGUGUGUGUCCAAGGGCGUGAGCAUGGCGGAUGUGGAGAGGGCACUGGACGCCAAGAGUCUCAAAGUGAGCAGGAGGCAGGGGGACGCCAAGUCCGCUUUCGAGGCCAAGACGGUCACUCCCUCUUCGAAACCUACGGAACCCGUCCCUUCUUCCUUCCCAACUGCCACUCCAUCCUCGGAACCACCUAUCAAGAUGCGCUCCGUCACUCUCUCCAACCUUUCUACUGCCGAAACCAAGGCACUCCUCCUCCGUCCCGUCCUCAACUCGCUAUCUAUGAUCGACAAGGUCAAGCCCAUCGUCGCUCGUGUCCGGACAGAAGGCGACGCGGGUCUCAAAGCCAUGACGAAGCAAUUCGACAAGGCUGAUCUCACAUCCAACAUCCUCCUCCCUCCGUUCGCCACACCCUCGGCGGACGUCCUCUCCCCAAACGUCCGGGAAGCCAUUGAUGCGGCAUACGAGAAUGUACGCAAGUUCCACGCGGCGCAAGUGGACGGCAAAGUCCUCGAGGUGGAGACGAUGCCGGGUAUCGUCUGCUCGCGGUUCGCUCGCCCUAUUGCCCGCGUCGGGAUCUACGUUCCCGGAGGAACGGCCGUUCUUCCUUCCACGGCGAUCAUGCUGGGUGUCCCGGCGCAAGUCGCGGGGUGCAAGGAAAUUGUCCUGGCCACUCCGCCGAGGCCGGAUGGGUCCAUCUCGCCUGAAGUGCUGUAUGUGGCAAAGUUGGCGGGCGUGACGUGUAUCCUGAAGGCGGGUGGGGCGCAGGCGGUGGCGGCGAUGGCGUACGGGACGGACGAGGUGCCCAAGGUGGACAAGAUCUUUGGGCCGGGGAAUCAGUGGGUCACAGCGGCAAAGAUGUUGGUGCAGAACGAUACGGAUGCGUUGGUGGGGAUUGAUAUGCCCGCUGGACCGAGUGAAGUUUUGGUCAUUGCAGACAAGUCCGCCAACCCCGUCUUUGUCGCCUCCGACCUCCUCUCACAAGCCGAACACGGAACAGACUCCCAGGUCGUUCUCGUCGCUAUCGACCUCUCCGAUUCUCUCCUGCGCGAAAUCGAACUCCAGAUCGACGAGCAAGCGCGCGCGCUCCCACGCGUGGCGAUCGCCAAAGAGGCCAUCAAGAAGUCUAUUAUAGUCAAGGUGGGGACGCUGCAAGAGGGGAUGGCGUUCAGUAAUGAGUAUGCGCCGGAGCAUCUCAUUUUGCACUUGGAGGAUAGUAAAGGGGCGGUGGGGCAGGUGGAGAAUGCUGGGAGUGUAUUUGUGGGGGCUUUCUCGCCUGAAUCAUGUGGCGACUACGCUUCAGGCACCAACCACACCCUGCCCACAAACGGCUUCGCCCGUCAAUUCUCAGGCGUCAACACCCUGUCGUUCCAAAAGCACAUUACGAGCCAGGAAUUGACGAAGGAAGGACUGAAGAGGCUGGGACCGGUGGUUAUUACGCUGGCUGAACGGGAGGGGUUGGAGGCGCACGCGAAUGCGGUGAGGGUGAGGUUGGCUGCUAUGGAUCGGGAAUAG